AUGAAUAACGAUGGAGAAUUUCGAAACGAAGAAAACGAAACAUCAGAUGAUGAUAAUGUGACAAAUCAUUCGCGUGUUUUAGAACAAAAACUACAAAUUUUACAAAAUUCAAUGGUUACUAAAACAAAAUUUCUCAAACAGCUAAUACGUGAUCAGAACGAUGAGUCAAUAAUAGAUGUAUCAGGGCAAAAAUUAACUGAUACUGAUAUGGCAACUAUUGUUAAAUAUGCUAUUUAUGAAAAAGAAUGUACCGGUCUUAAUUUAUGGGGAAAUAGAUUUACAGCUGCAGGUAUUUCAAUUCUUGUUGACGCAUUAAAUGGAAAUAAAGCAAUAAAAGAAUUAGACAUUUCAUAUAAUCAAUUAUCGGAUGACGGUGUGCAAAUGAUAUCCAAAGUUCUUUCAUUAAAUAAUUGUGUACUCGAAGACAUCGAUCUUUCAUCCAAUGAUAUUAAGGAUAGAGGUGCCAAAUACCUAGCCGAUAUGCUUAUGAAAAAUCGAUCACUAAAAGUACUUGUAUUAAAUAAAAAUGAUAUAACCAAUGUUGGAUUGAAAUUAUUAGCUGAUGCUCUUGAUUGUGAUAAUAAAACACUGCAACAAUUAAAACUUGAAUCAAAUCAGUUCAUCACAGAACAAGGUGUUCAUUCUUUAUUUCAAUUAUUAAGACAUAAUACAAAUUUAAAUGAGUUGUAUGUACGAAAUUGCAGCAUUGCCGAUGGCGCUUUAAAAGAUCUACAAACGAAGGCUAUUGAGUCUGAUUCGAUACGAGUUGACAUUUUGAUAUGA